AUGGAUAUAGGUGAAGAUCCCGCGCGCAGCCGCAGGACCUGCCGCGCGCAGCUGCAGAUGAUCAUCGAGACGGACAUCUUUGAGAUGUUCAUCUCGCUCCUGAUCCUGGGCAACGUCGUGGUCAUGGCUGCAGCAGUGCAGUACCGUGGCCUGGACAUCGGCUUCAGCAUCGCCUACCCGGGUCGGAACCAGCCGGCCUCGGACGGGUGGCCAGGCGCAGAGAGUGUGCUCAACUUCUUUGAUGUGGCAUUCACCUUGGUGUUCUUCGCAGAGAUGGUGCUGAGAUUGUUUGUCUACGACAUCUCCUUCUUCAAGUUGGCAUUGAACUGGUUAGACUUCACAGUGGUCGUCUUCUCCUUCAUCGAACUCUUGGCAGCUUCCAUCCCAGGCUCUUCGACGGUCUUGCGCUUGGUGCGCCUGGCCAAGUUGGCGCGGGGCUUACGGGUGGUGCGCAUGGCACGGAUCAUGGAUUCGCUGAAUCUCCUGCUUAAAAAUAUUGGUGCCAGCGUCUCGAUGCUUCUUUGGUCGAUGCUGCUUCUAGCCGUGAUCCAAUGCACAGCAGGAAUGUUCGUUGGCUACCUGGUCAUGGACUUCUUAGAGAAGGAGGGCACCCCUGACGAUGUCCGACGACAGAUCUAUCGGUAUUACGGCACCUUCACCUACACCAUCCUCACGAUGUUUGAGGUGAUCUUUGCCAACUGGCCCAUCCCAUGUAGAUUGUUGGUGGACUAUGUUGAUGAGUGGUUCUCCUUGUACUUCAUCAUCUACCGCUGUGUCGUGGGAGUCCUGGUCUUCUCAUCCGACCGUGUUUUUCGUCUAAGGAAGGUGGCUGCCGAUGAUCACGAGCUCUUCAUGCAGCAGCAGACGCGCAACGCGGAAGCCUAUGCUCGAAAGAUCAAAGAUGUGUUCACCAAGCUGGAUACUUCGGGUGAAGGGGUGAUCUUCAUGGAUGAGUUUGUGGAGAUCCUGAACACGCCGACCAUGUCGCACUUUAUGACCAAGUUGGAAUUGGAGUCGACGGAUCUCUUGAGCCUCUUCAAACUGAUCGAUGUGGAUGACACGGGACACGUCUCCUUGGAGGACUUCAUGGCGGGUUGUCAACGGUUGAAGGGUCCGGCCAAAAGUGUUGAUCUGGCAUUGGUCUUGGCGCACACCGCACGGCUGAAUUGCAAGGUGGAUAGCUUGUUGACACUCUCUGGGGGAGAUGCCGAGGCGGAGACGGAGCAGUGGGGUUACGGUGCCGCAGGGCAGUUCCUGGAGCAGCGCUUCGCGCACUCCUUGAGCAUGAGGGAGAAAGCAAGACGGUAG